CUUACGAUAGCCUUCCGCCGGAGGACCUAGUGCUCGUAGCGCUCUCGCGUUUUAAGGAACUGCAGACACGGCACGCCAAAACCGAGCGUCGGCAUUUGACGUCCCCGUUGUUUUGUCCGUCGGAAGACGCCGAAGCUAUAUUCCCGCCCCCCCCCCUCCCUACUGCCCCUCCGUGAAAAUACCCCGUCUCUCAAAGGCGUUUGAAAUCGGACACCGCUGGCAUUGAGGCCCUCACUUUUGCGCGGAGGGAUACGUUGUUGCGUCUGACAAUGUGGACGGAGGUAGUGAAGAUGUCUACGAGAAGAAUGAAAUCAUCUCAGUUGUAACAACAACAAAAAAGAGGAAGACGCCAGAUUAGUUACUAUAAUAGCUUUGUUGGCGCUCGAGCCCCGUAGCGUUGAAGCAAACACGUGGGCGCCGCGGGAAAAGCAGGUUUUUACCGGGACAAAAGGAAAGACAUCUACGCUGCUCCAAUGCGUUUCGUGCACUGAGGUCGAAAUUCUCUUGAAGUUUUAUGUUUUUCUCGUCGCGAGUCUGCGCUUUUCUUUUUACUGUUGGAUAUCAGACACUUGGAGAGGAGAGGGUUUAUUAGAGACUGAAGGGUAUGAACGAACAGCAGCAAAGAAUGGCUGCAGUGGGAACUGACAAGGAACUCAACGACCUCCUGGAUUUCAGUGCGGUUUUGUCAGCCCAAGAUAUUUCCAUCCAUCACUCUUGGCAUGCAAAGAUGUUCGCGCCGCCAGUAGCCAAUGGGAAGAACCGGACGAUGACGCUCGCCAGCAGUCAGUUUCAGGGAUCAGCAAUAGACGAGCGCAGCGGCUCUGGGUCUUGGGGCUCAGCAGAACAGAACAGCCCCUCGUUCAGCCAAGGACGGGGCUACGUUGAAGGAUCCCACUACAACGAGCAUGAAGGCUUGUCCUCUCCGUUCAUCAGUGCGGGGGUCGCAGGUAAAAAUGAGAGGCCACCAUACCCUCCCUUUGUAAGCCAGCCUGGUUUCCUUCCCAGCGAAAUAGCGAUGCCCAGCCCGGACGCCAUGUCCCCCUCCGGCCUGAAAACCGGCUCCCAGUUUUACCCGUCAUACCCCACCAACCCGAGGAGAAGGCCGCCCGAUGGAGGCAUAGAAACCCAGCCAAAGAAGAUUCGGAAACCCCCUGGCCUGCCGUCCUCGGUGUAUGCUUCCACAUCUGGUGACGAGUAUGCGAGAGACAACGGAGGAUAUCCUGGUGCUAAGCCUGGAGCGGUCUACCCUUUCUAUAUGCAAGAAGACCCCUGGUCGUCCUCUGGCUACUCCGCCAUGCUGGGUAACUCUCCUCACAUCGGACAGCCGGGCACCUUCUCUGCAAUUAACCCACAGGAAAGGAUGAAGCGUCAACCCCUGCCUCUGUCCCCACAGAACUAUCCGCUGCACGGCAGCGAAGUCAACGGCUUCCACCCGGCCCCCGCCGCCUACAACCACACCCCCGCCAUCAACGGAGAGAGCAUCAUGGCCCACCGAGGCACCACAGCUGGCAGUUCAGGAGAUGAAAUUGGAAGGCUCUUGCCUCAGUGAAUUUACCCGUCGGACCACAACAGUAAUAACUUCCCCUCCGCUCCAUCUACCCCUGGAUCUCCUCAGGCUAUUGCAGGAGCUCCGUCUCAGUGGCAAAGACCAACCACGCCCAACUAUGAAGGGCAAGCACACGCGCUGCAGAGUAAAAUGGAGGACCGUUUGGAGGAGGCCAUCCACGUCCUGCGUAGCCACGCUGUGGGUCAGGGUCUGGAGGGCGCCCCCGACAUGCACAGCCUGCUGUCCGCCGUACACAACGGGGGCCUGGGGGGCCUCUCUCCCGCCUUCCCGAAUGCGAGCCUCGCCCUCAGCAACAGACAUCCGGCCAUGGGAGGGAAACAUGAGGAGCCCACAGGCCUUCCUCCCAGCAGCACCCUCCUGCACGGUCACCACGCGUCCGGCCCGACGCCACCGGUCGGCCAACCCGAAGGCUUUACCGGUCUCCCCGGCGGCCUGGCCCGCUCCACGCACUCCUCCAGCAGCUCGGACAUCAAAAGAGAAGACAAAGAGGACGAUGAGAACUCGUCCGUUGGCGAUAAAUCUGAUGACGAGAAGAAGGACUCCAAGGCGGCGCGCCUUCGACGAAAGGAGGCGUUGACCCUCCAGAUGCUCUCUAGCCUAUCAGACCAGAAAGAUGAUAGUUUAGACGAAGAUGACGAGGACCUGCCCCCCGAGGUGAAGUUGGAACGUGAGAAGGAACGGCGAGUGGCUAACAAUGCCCGCGAGCGCCUCAGAGUACGGGACAUCAACGAGGCGUUCAAGGAGCUCGGGAGGAUGUGCCAGCUGCACCUAAGCCACGACAAACCUCAGACCAAACUUCUCAUCCUGCACCAGGCCGUCAACGUCAUCCUUAAUUUAGAACAGCAAGUCAGAGAGCGCAACCUUAACCCCAAGGCAGCAUGUUUAAAACGCCGCGAGGAGGAGAAGGUGUCCGGGGUGGUGGGGGACGCGCCCAUGCAGCUCUCAGGAGGCCAUCCUAGCAUGGGCGGAGAUGGCCACAACCCCGUUGGCCACAUGUAACACCAGAUCUGGUGGUGUUUCCUUGGCUGUCAGGAUGUGGCCUUAACAGAUUUCUUCCACCCAUUAUUCUCCAGUGUGUGUGUUUGUGUGUGUGCGUGUGUGGGGACAUGUCUGUGUAUUGCCGUUCAAGUUUCAGGAUGCACAUUCACACACUUGUACACACAUGCAUACUGCCAAAACUGACACAGCCUGUUCGUCGCACUCCCAACCAUGACUACAAGCUCAAAUGUGAAGAACUUUUUUUUUUUUUUUUUGCUUUGUUUUAUACAUGUAAAAACAAAUCUUCUUGGUUUCCUCAACAUGAUGGAACACCGAAGCUCUUUUUUUGUCCUGCCACAGAUUGGGAGUUCACACACUGCCGAGAGGUGCUCUUGAGAAAGAAAGGAGACCUAAAAAAAAAAAAAAAAACCCCACAAAUUGAAUCCAGGAUUUGUGCCUAAUUGUUACAUGUUUUCUAUUUGACAUGUGAGGAACAUUUAUUGUGAGGGCUUGCUUAUGUGUAUGAGCAGUUACUUUUAAUGUAUGUCAUUCCCAGCGUGGUGGUACAGUCUUACAUAUGUUAUGUAACCGAGCCCAUAGUUGAAGUUGAAUUGUCUAAAUUCAGUGACUUUUCCCCCGAUCUCAUCAGCAAAUGUUUAGGGAAGGCGGCGGAAAGAUCACAACGGAAAGGUCAAACGUCCUGACAGUUCAAAAAGCAGCUCCUGAAAGACGUGAACCUAGGGUCUCUGACUCGAGAUGGGCCUCAUCCCGCAAGACCACCCGGAGACUUGGAAUCGAAGGCUCCUUCCUCCCAAGUUGAUGAAUUCUCCAAGUGGAGGAGUCUGUCGACUGCGACAAACGCCGUUCUUCCCGUUCGUUGACCACAAAUUCUAGUGUUACUCCGGGAAUCCCUCGUCACGUGUUCAGGUUUCUGUACUGCUUUAUGUACUAAAGCAUACGUGGACGAGGCGAAGCGCAGUCGUAUCGGUUCGGGCUGGAAGUUGAGUGAGGACCUGUUGUGCGUUUCAGUCCCUGAACGUCGCGUAUUGAAGCCAUUUGAGACGCUUGCUAAGUGAUCAGCACCACUUGGCGCUCUUAUCUAAAAUGCUUUACUGACGAUGCCAGCAGACUUAACAGCUCAAUUUUCUUUCCCCUUUAUUAAAUGAUCUGUAAAAGACAAAAAAAAAAAGCAGAAAUCUGGGUUCCUUUCUGCAGAAGGGAUCUUGUUUGAAGCAGGAAAGCCUUCGUGUGACGGAGGCCUUCUUUUCCUGAAUGAGCAUUCCCACCGGCUUGCAGCCCCUCACCUUCCUCCCGAGUACGUUUGUUCUCCCGUUUGUUACCGAGAGGAGCGUGACGUGUAAAUUGACUUCAUACAUUACUCUGAUAUGUUUCAUUUUUCAAAAUUAAAUAUAUAUAUAAAAAUAUAUAUUUUUUGUUAGUCUAUACAUUGUAGAUUUUUUACAUAAAUGGCAAUAUUAGUUUGAAGUUUAGAGUGUAUUGUAGAUGAGCUGAAAAGUGGGAUAUUCGACAUUUAAAAUGAAAUUGUUCAAAAUCUAAAUUGAACCGGGGGGGGGGCAGAGGCUAAAGGUCAACUGCUGACAAAUGAAAAGGCGUUUGGUGUGUCCUUUAUUCCAGUUUUAGUUGUAAAGCGCAUCAUCAGCCGCCCAGAUGAACUCCGAAUGAAUCUGCUCACGUUGGCGCCGAGGGAAAAUGUGGGAAGAUUUUUGUCUCGAACAGUAAUUAUGCAACUGGUUUUUGAAUGUAGCUACCAUACAAAUGUGGAUCACCCUCAUUCUCAAAGUCGUGUUCCUGGGUUUCGUCAGCACCGUAUACUUAUUUUCAUUUUCUUUUCUAAUGUUUGCCCUCAACCAAGUGGCUCUUGUGUGCAGCUCACAUUUUAGUAGCUUGCGCAUCUAUUUUGGAGGCAGACGUCCGUAUUUGGGAGUGAGGUGAUGGAUAAUAUGGAGAACAAAACAGUGUUAUUGUGACGUUAUUCACAUGUCAUGUCAUGUUGUGAAUGGUUUUUACCAACAUGUAAUCACAAGUGGGAGGUAGAGCAUUUUUUUGUUUAAUUUCUACAAAAAGAGAUGAAGAGAAAGACCUAUACAAAUCAAUAGUGUGGCCUUUUCAUUCUCAAGACUUAAGAUGACAUGAUGGGAGAGUGAUACCUUAUCAGUGCCUGAACUUGUAUUUUCAUUUAAGACAGUUUUAUUUUGUGAACCAUAUCAUUUCAUUUACCAUGGAGAUUAAAGAGGUACUUGUUCAUUCCCCCACCCUCCCUUCUCCUAAUGCUUUCUUCAAUUUUCAGGAAGAAGUUUAAAUGGUAUAAAGAGAUUUUCUUUCAGUGUAUCUAGUUAAAUAAAUAAAUGUUACGUAGAUCUUGUUUAGUUUUUAUUCCCCUUUUUUUCUAAUUAUUCAACUGGAUUAUACUGUCCAAACUGCUGUGUUAGUUAAGGUCAUGGGUCCAGGUCAUGAGUUUUCUUUCCCUCAGCCCUAUAUUGGUACAUUGCUUCACAUUUCAGGGUUCAAGAGAUGCUGCUUUUGGCUCUGAUUGUCUGCGGGUUGAUGCACAUUAACAUGUUUCAGUAUGUGUUGCUUCAAUUUCAAUGUAGGGAGUGAGUUGUUUUUUUUUCUUUUCUUUUCGUUCUCGUUGUAGCUGGAACCUCCUAAUGACUCGGAGCAUUCAAUAUUUCUGUAUAUCAGAGUGCAAGCCCUUUGCUGCAGAGACUUUCAAUAUAUUUAGUCUCCUCAUACUAUUUUCACCUCUUCCAGCUCUUUGAUGCUGUUGACACUGACUUUUUUUUUAAGAAGUUCUAAUCACUUCUUUGAAAAAAAAAAAAAAGAAAAGAAAAAGUUGUAUUAAGUUUUUCUUAUUAUUUGAAGAUCAACUAUUGUACUGAAUAUUGCUGAUUUGGGGGAACUCUGACUUGAUGUCAUUUAGUAUUCUGUGAGCAUCCCAUUAGCCUUCAAGCGACAUACUCAAAUCAUUUGUUUUGGGGGACGACGACGACCUUAUUUCUUAAAACGAGUCUUCACAUAGACACAGUUUGAAGUCUGCAGAAAAGCAAGCCGAACACUGCAGGGGCACAUGAUGUCAACAGAAAAUUACAAUAUUCUGAUGGAAAAUGUUAGGUUGACGGGCUUGACAUUGUUUUGGUAUAAGAAAGCAGUAAUAAAACACUUGCUUUCAACAGUUUUGUCAUAUCUUUGUUGAACUAAAAAGGGGGAGACCAUUGAGUGUUAAUACAUUCACAGGUACAGAGCCUGACAUCUUGGGAGUGAGCGUGCUGUUGACUCCUGCUGGGUCCUCAGCGUCUCACUCCGUCUCUCUCUGUCUCUCUCUUUUUUUAUACAUAUAUAUAUAUAUAUAUAUAAAUAUAUAUAGUUGAGAACUGUCCUGUAUAUAACAGUAAUGUAGCAAUAAAUGUGCCAUUUUUAAUAACAGAUUAUACCUUUUCCAAUGUCUGGCUUUUGAAUAUUGUAUACAUAAAAAGGAAAAUAAAGGAAAACAUUGUAAUAAAGGGUU